AUGGCUCAGCCAAAAAUCCUUUUGUUCCUUAACCUCUUCCUUGCAUUGUCUUCAGAUGCAAUGGCAGCCUAUAACAUAAUAAACUUCGGGGCCAAACCCGAUGGCCGGACCGACUCUGCGAAGGCCUUUUUAAGAGCAUGGGCUGCCGCCUGCUCUUCGAAGACACCGGCAAGCAUCUACGUCCCCUCCGGCAAGUUCCUUGUGAGCCAGGCCUUGUUCAAUGGCCCAUGCAAAAAUGCAGCCAUAAAGAUCACCAUUGAUGGAACCAUUUUUGCACCCUCUGGUUAUAGUUCCAUGACUGACUGGGUCACCUUCAAGUAUGUUCAAGGUCUCUCCAUCUCCGGUGGUGUCCUCGAUGGCCGUGGCCAAGCCUUUUGGGCUUGUAAGAUGGCCGGGAAAAAUUGCCCUCAAGGAGCCUCGACACUAAGAAUAGGGCAAUCAAAGAAUGUGAGGAUCAGCGGCAUGAGUUUACUAAACAGCGAAAUGUUUCACAUGGUGAUUUUCGGUAGCACUGGUGUGACAUUACAAGGUAUGAACAUUAUCGCACCUGAGAACAGCCCAAAUACCGACGGCAUCCACAUCCAAAUGUCAAGUGGCGUGACAAUCCAAAGCUCAUCGAUGAGAACCGGCGAUGAUUGUAUCUCUCUCGGAGCCGGCUCUACCAAUAUCUGGAUGGAACGCAUCAGUUGUGGCCCAGGACAUGGCAUUAGCAUAGGGAGCUUAGGAGGGAUAACAGACGAUGAAGGAGUACAAAACAUAACCGUGAGAAAUGCGGUGAUCACCGGAACACAAAAUGGAGUAAGGAUCAAGACAUGGGGGAAACCGAACAACGGGUUUGUGCGAGAUGUGAAAUUCGAGCAUGUAACAAUGCGAAAUGUGCAAAACCCGAUCGUUGUUGAUCAAAACUAUUGCCCGGGUAAUGUGAAUUGCCCGAACCAACAUUCGGGUAUCAAGAUAAGUCAAGUGUCUUAUACCGAUGUGAAAGGAACUUCGGCGACGCCAGUGGCUGUGAAGUUUGAUUGCAGUGCUACAAACCCUUGCAAUGGCAUGAGAUUGCAGGAUAUUAAGCUCACUUAUCAGAAUAAGCCAGCAAUGUCCUACUGUAAGAAUGUUAAGGGAAGUGUGUCUGGUUUGGUUGUGCCUCAAAGUUGUUUUUGA